ACACUACUAUAUAACAAAUAAUUUGAGAGGGUUUGUGUAGUCAUGUAUCGUGUUUUAUCGUUGCUGCUGAUUGUGGUACUAGGAGCUAUUGUCCAGGCUCAGGAUGAGGAACCAGCCUGUGAGAGCGGAGCUGAUAUCAGGUGCAGGUUUGUAUGCAGUAACCGUGGAGACAAGUGUCUGUGUGGUACUGACGGAAUGUCCUACAGGAACACGUGUGAGAUGAGAUGUAAUGCUCAGCGUUACAAGAGGAAGAUCUUCAAGGAUCACAACGGUCCUUGCAUGGAAGAUUGCACUGCGGAAGAUUUUGACGGAUUCAAGUACAGAUUUGUUGAAUGGUUUGACAUGAUUGAGAAAGAGGACUCACCCUCCGAUUAUAAAAGAGUUGCAGAUUUGGACCACCAAGGUGUGCUCAUGGUCAUGUUCCGGUCUUUGGACACAACUGACGAUAUGGUACUGGAAUGGGGAGAGCUGAAGAAGGUAGCUGAGAACCCGUACGAGCACUGUGUUUCUGAGUUCUACAGACUUUGUGACACCGACAAGAACCAGCUCCUCUCCAUCGGCGAGUGGGGAGAAUGCUUCGAGAUCCACAUCAGGUUGAUGCCUUGUGACAGACUUCGUGCAAAAGCCGCCAAGGCUAGAGGAAAAGGAGCAAGCAACUACCACCCAUCCUGCUCAAAGGAAGGCUACUGUCUUCCUGUUCAGUGCCGCGAGCAGUUCUGCUGGUGCACAUCUCCCGCCUGUAAAACAGAGAAACGCUCCCUCGGGCGUAAAUCUGACGACUUCACGUGUGAUAACUACUAGGUGUGGCAGAGGAAUUGUUAGGUUGGUGAUAUGCUCCGCUGGGAGAGAGCGUUAUCUGGAGCUGUCCUUUUAUAAUCAGUCGUACUGACUUAUUCGUGCGACUUGAUAACACUCUUAGUCUUUGAAUGACUCUUAGUCUUUGAAUUACAUUUGUUUUACUUAUUCCGUUGUCUAUUUUGAUGUUUGGUCCACUCAAAGCACAAGCAAACCCCUAGCCGUAUCGUCUAGUAACGCAGUAAUAUCGUCGUGAAAAAUGCCAUCAAACUUGACACUGCCUCGCUGCGGUGGGUACUCUGAAAAGUAAACACCUCUAGGUUUACACUCCUCCUUGUUAGGCCUGAUAGAGAAGGAGCUUGUUGAUUUAGAGACUUGACUGGUGGUCCGAUUCUCUAUCCUGGAUAUGCAACCUCCGUAUCCACAUAAGUCGGCAAUACAGCUGAAAUUUGACCGGUGCAUGCUAACUUCAUUGGAGAUCUCGCUGCCUCUGUGAUAUGUCACACUUUGGUUUCUCGUUCCUGAACAUGACCUAGACCUUUUUCUUGUGGUUGCCGUGGCCAUCACGGUGUCUGAUGAGUCUGUUUCUGUUGAGGUUGGAGGACUUUCAUUGGUCUGUUCCUCAAGGGAGAUAGCCAUUAAUGAUAUAUGUGAGUUUAGCGUUGAGACAGAGCUUUUUCUGGAGUGUGUUAGGUCGGUUGUGGGUGUGUCCACCGUGUCCAACGUGUCCACUGCUUCACUCACCAUCUUGUUGCUUGAUAGUCUGUCUUGUGAUGUUAGCUGACGGUGAUGAAGCGUUGGUGACAGUUGUUUCAGCUGAUCUGUGACUACUGAGAUAUCGUCACACAAAGAUUCCAGACAGGAGUUUAUUGUACUGUCCCUCAUAGGCCUUAAUUCUGUGUCUAUCUUCUUCAUUUCCGCAUUUCGAGCAAUGUGAGAGUUGGUUUUGGCCCUGCUCCCUAGAUCAGUUAAAAGACCAUUGAUUUUCUCCAGAGUUUCCUUCAUCUCAUCUACCACUGUCUUUGGUUUGUCUCUUGGCUUCACAUUUUCCCAGCCCAAAUCCAGGGUACUGUUUUGAUCGAUGUGCCUUAGUUUCUGCGGUUGAUGAAACUUGGGUGCGUAGGUACGUGGUUCCAUAAAUUUGUGUGUUCCCCAGGGAGCGGUCAUCGGUGCUUUGUUGCUGAUCAUACCCAAAAAUGUAUCCUACAAAUGAUAUUAUUAUAUUGUUCUGUUUGCUAUAUCAUUUAUAGGUUUAUUAAUAGAUUUUAAAAUAUUUUGGGUUCAAGUAAAAUAUGGUUAUAAAUUUUGGUUUAGUUUAAAUAUUUAAACCAGCCUAAUUUCAUUCUAAGUAAGAUUUCAACCGAGUUUUAAAUAAUUUCAAAGCUUAAAUGUAAGCAAACUGCAAGCAAACUAUAACUCUACUAUAAAAUAGUCUACAAGUUUGGAGCAUACAGUAACUAGACGAAAAAAGUCUUCUCUUUAUUGACUUAUGACUUAUGAGCAAGAAGUUUUGCUGAUUUAAUAUGUAAAUAAUGUUUCGAUUUUAGAAAUACAAAAUACAAAAAUUAAACAUUUCAA